GCGGAGGGCGAGUUGGGAGUCGCCGCUCUGGUCCGCAGCGCCUGCGAGCCUGGCCUUGCGGACUCCGAGGUGGGACUCAUCCUGGAUCCGCUGAAGGGGUUGAUCAAGACCGAUCCGCGCUUCAGAGAAGCGUCGAGCUCGGACAGCGAGGGCGAGGUCACGGCUGCCGUUCGACUGCGAACGCUUCCUCGCAGCAGGAAAGCCACGCUGACGAAGCUUCUGGCGUCCGAGGCGCUUCCAGAGCUCUCCCACUUGACGCUCGGAGAGCGCGCAGCGGUGAGGCCUCGGACCGAGGCGCAGUAUGCCCAGGAGGUGCGCCAGUUCAGCCUGUUCUGUGGCGUCGAGCGUGCGGCGGAGAUCCCGAUCGAGAAUCUGGACGAUCUGCUGGUGCAGUACAUCGAUCAUCAGAUCAAGUCGGGAGUGACGGCAGCCCGUGGCAUGAAGCUGUUGGCUGGAGCGGUCCACGCUCGGCCGCAAGCGGGGAAGCAGGGCCCGCGCGCGUUGCAGCGCAGCUGGAGGGCGCUGAAGGGAUGGCAGAACCUGUGUCCCUCGACCUCCCGUCUGCCCGAAGCUUGGCCGAUCUGGUGUGCCAUCGUGAACGGGCUGUGCGGCAUGGGGCGUUGCGAUGUGGCCCUGUUCAUCUGUCUCAUGUGGAGCGCCUACGCGCGCCCUAUCCAGCUGAUGGCGCUCAAGCCCGAGUACUUGUGCGCCCCUAGCCGAGUCGCCACUUACUGGACCGUUCAGUUGAACCCAGAGGUCGACGGGGUGCCCUCCAAGGCAAAGGAGUUCGAUGUGACGAUCGAGUUGGACCACGACUGGUCGCCCGCGGGCUUCAACCUGGUGGUGUACCGGGCCAGGCGCAGUGGCGCCAUUACGGACGUGGCCUCGCGUCGGCGCACGCUGGCAGAGGUCAAAAAGCGGGGCGGCUGGAAAUCAGACCGCUUGGUGGUGCGAUACGAGAAGGGCGCGAGGUUGAGCUCGACGUGGAUGGCCCGUCCGAGCUGGCUACGGCAGCACGCGGCGCAGUGCGAGGAACAGUUCUUGGAGAUCUUGGUGCGCGGCCGCGUGCUGCCAAAGCCCGCUUUGCACUCCCGAUAG